UUGAAGUUCCGAAAAAUGCAAGUAAUUGUUUGACCCGCUCACAGGCCACGUCAUGGGAAGUUAAAUUACAGCCAGUGUUAAUAUCUAAAAUUUGUGUUACGAUUUAUUUACUGUGAUAUACUUUGUAUUGAAAAAUGAAAAUAGGAAGAACUGGUUCGAAAUUAGUCCGUGUUUUCUUUGAAACUUAAGAGCCGACUGAUAGUAAAAAUCAAUACUUCUACUCCUAUAUUCAGCUUCUCAGUGUUUAUUCUUCGAUUUUAGGAUUAGAGCAGAAGACAUUAAAACUGUAUUUAUGAUGCAGUAAUUUUAAGCUUAGAUGAAUAUGGAUAUGAAAUGAAUAUGGACUUGCAUGUAUGUUGUCUGUCAAUGCUUCGCAUCGACAUGGAAAAUUUGGCUCAACGCUGGCGUGAAAGAAAGGCGCCAACAGAUGCCCAUAUUCAAAUGUCAUCAAUCAUUGAAUAUCUCAUGUGGGGUUUAAUUUUUAUUAGCAAAAGUUAAAAUUCAAAUGUGUAAUUCUUUUCAAUUCAGCUUCUAAAGGUAAUGCGGUAUCUAUAAAAUUUGUGAAAACAAUCGCUAAACGAAAGUGCUUUCUUCCAAAAUAAUGGCCAAUUUGAACAUAAAGCCUCCUGAUAAGCACAGAAAUUGUUGCUAAAGUAUAUUGACUGAAUUGUUCAGCUUUUUAUGGUGACAAAAAAUUUAAAACGCUUCAAUUGAAAACCUGGUCCAAAUGCAGAAUUUCACCCAACGGCCCAUUACCAUCAUCAUUUAUAGACAUAGUUUCAACACAUUUCCAAACUGUUUUGUGUAGCACAGUGGUACCUAUUAACCAGUGAUGUUUCCCAUCACAAUAAUAUUCCAAUAUGGGACUACCUUGUGUAAACAAUCUGUAUUACGUUGAAAAUCCGUGAUGACAUUCAGCGGUGUACGGAACACGUCCUGGACGUCAUGAUGACUGCUGACGUGACCUAGUGUUCUGUGCAUGACCACGUGACGUCUAGUGCGUGUGUCCGGUAGCGUGAUUCAUGUCGUCGACGUCAUCACAAGGAGCAGCUUCGGCAAGCCCGAGACGCACUUUGUCUCGCACCAACCGUCGUGGAUCUCGUCGGUCUUCCACGGUAGCAAGGCUGCACGCCGCGGCCAUCGCCGCUAGGAACAGACGAGCUUCUCUUGCUGCUCAAGCCGCGCUCGAAGAAAAAGCUUUCCUCGAAGAGUCCAAAUCAUCCUCAUCUUUGGUAUCUUCUAAAUCUUCAAACUCUGUUUCUUCGAAAUCGCAUUCUAACUCAGGAAAAAUUAAAGUCGACGAGAUAGACGCGAGUGAGAGUCCCGAAACGACUAGAAGCUUCGGCGGAGUGUCCAAUGGAUCCACUAAAACUCAGAAAAGUUUUUUAUCUGUAGAACCGUCUCCUUUUAUUCACAGACGAUCAUUUGAUAGCGCCACUACGAGUCGUGCUUCUUCUGAUUUGUUAUCAGUAACAAAUUCCCGCGAAAAUUCAAAAGCUUUAGCUGUUUCUGACACUUGCAUUGACUCCAAGAAAAUUCCCUCCAACAGACACACGUCAUUGGAUCAGCGUCUUACCAUCGACCAACCAUAUUACCUAAGUCCUAGACGUUCAUUCGAUUCCUCGGCUCCUAGACGAAGAGCUUCCAGCAGUCCGAGGCCAUCUCUGACUCCUUCAGCUAUUGGCUAUCGGAGACCUUCGGCUUGUGUGCAACCAGAAGAUGACUCUACCGAAGAGGAGAUUGCCGAAACCUCUUUUGUUUCUCGUGCACCAGUGAUACACAGACCAUCGUUAGUCGACUAUCCCACGUCUCCCAGAGCUUCAUUUAGCAACCUUCCUCCAGUUCACCGGAGAAUUUCAGUUUCCAAAGACCCGACAUUACAAUCGAUCUCUUUCGAAGAAGAGAAUUUGCUCGGCAGGAAAAAAUCGUUAGCUGAUUAUCCUCGGAAGCGGGAGACAUUGACCGCCACAGUAUCGGGCCCGCCCGAGUAUCGGCGGAAACUGUCCUCCGCCAGAUCGGAGUAUGUGCCGCUGUCGCGGAAAUCCUCUUACGUCCCAGAUUUGUCCACCUGGAAAUCAUCUGUUGAUUCUCCGCUGUUGGAGGCUGUUGAAAGGGAGCACAGACGGAGGAAUGAUUCUUCCACUUCGUAUCACAGUCACUUGGAUAUUUACCGAAGACAUUCAUCGAGCGCUUCUCGAAUAUCUGCUCCCGAGACAGGAAACAGAGGUUCCAUGCAGUGGCUGAGGGUCGAGGAAGAGGGGCGAGUGAGGGCCUCCUCAGCACCCACGUCUCGUCGCACGUCCUCCAACAUCUACAACUCCUCCUCUGCAUUGGAAGAGCGGCAGCAACUGUUCACCAGCAUCCCCCUGCCUGUAAAAAGCACCAGUCACGUCAUGGCGUCGUACGGCUCCAUCGCCUACCAAAUGCGCGACGCUAACUUGGACUCCUCCUCCACCCUCGCCUUCGUCUUCAAGGCAUUCAAAAUUCUCGGCAGGACAGUUUUUACCACAGGCCUGCUGAUGGUGUCCAUGGCAGUGCCUCUCCUUAUGGUUAUUUUGGGCAUCCAGUACCUACACGAGUGUCCCAUCGAGCCUCACAUCCCCAUAUACCUCCUGGUGGGGGGGCUGUUUGGUGCCCUCAAGGGCAUGUGGCUCAUAUGCCAGCAGGUGCGCUCUCGCCGCUACGAAAGAAUCGACGACGCGUUCGCCGACGACGGCCUGGACGAGAUAUUCACUUCCAUCAGCUACCGAGCGACGGACGUGGUGCUGUCUGUGUUCCUCGUCGUAUGGUUCGGUCUCGGCAAUUACUGGGUCUACAAAAUUUAUUUGCCCAGAUACGAAGCGCCUCUCUUCCAACCCAACGAUUGGUGCUCGAAGACGGUGUACUUGUUCGCCCUGUCGCAGUUGUUGUUCGUGUACACCGUGACGGCGGUCCUGCUCCUCAUCUCCAUCAGCCUCUCGUGCUGGAGACGCUGCGUUACGUGCUUCGGCGAACAGUACAAGUGAAGUACAAAAAGCGCACGCUCCCCGUCAGUCUUGCCUCCACCUUCCAUGCUACAAGGUAAACAUUCUUCGAGAGGCGCCAUUGAAGAGUUCAUAAUCUUUUCUAAGUCUACACUGGAGGACACGGCAGCGGUUGGAGCUCCUGGAAGAGGUCGAUUUCUUUCCAGGUACACCAGGUCUUCAGCAGCCAAGCAAGUGAAUGAAACGAGUUCAGCCAAUAACGAAGGCGCUGCUUCGGUCGCAAUUGAAGUUGGCGCGAGUCAUUGUGGGGAUGGUACGGAGAAGCCGCAAUGUAAUCUCAUGGUCAAUGAUAAGGCAAUUGAAGACAUUAAUAGGAAGGCAAGCUUGAGGAAAAGACUAGGGGAAUGUGUGCCCGAAUCUGCUUACACCAAGACUGAAAUAUUAAUUGAAAACAAUCCUGAGGCUGCAGUAUUGAGUAAAAGAUUGGGGGAGAGUCUGCCUGAAUCUGCCUACACCAAGAAUGAAAUGCAAAUGGAGAGCAACCCAGGGAAGGCUAUAUUGAAAAACAGACCGGAUGAAUGUGUGCUUGAAUCUACUUCCACGAAGAAUAAGAGUUUAGAUGAAUGUGAUCUUGAUGCAUUCGCCUCGAGGCUAGAACAGUUGCAAAGUGAAACUGAAGAUAAUGGUGGAAAUAAGGCGAAUGGAAGUCCAAACGGAGUUACUGAACCACUGCGAGCCGAGCUAGAAGCAUGUUCUUCAGGAUAUAAUGUUGAAAAUUCUGACAAAAACGUGCCCAAUUCUGCAUCUCUAAGGCAGACUAGCCAUCUGUUAGUAAGCACAUUUAAUUCUAACUGUACUCCUGAUGAACAUUCCCCCCUUCUUCCCACAAAAUCAAAUAGAACUCAAAGUUUUCCUCCUUAUCAUCAAAGUCAGCUUCACAGUAGCGGCAGCCACCAGCAGGUACUAACUUGGCCAUCGCCAAACGUCACUAAUUUUUACCCUACCGUCUCUGCUGGUCACCAGUUCCUGCACUCAGAGCCCACGCAAAGGAGUGCGAGAGCAACGUACGAGACUGAUCGUAUGAAUAUUGAGGGAGAACCUAGCCAAUUCCAGUACAAUAAUCAGUGGCAUCAGCAGCUUUAUUCUAUGGGUGAUCAGCAAAAUGUUAUGUUGGUCGGGGGCGCUAACGAGGAGGACCAGUUUUUGCUCAGAAACCACGACUCAAAAUUUGGCGCUCAGACCUUAGGUCGACGUCAGAUGUCUUCAGCGGCUAUCAGAAAAUCCGAAGCAUUUAAGAGAAGGACCAGAAGUGUGGAGGCUGUAGACGGUUACAGAGCAAAGAGCUCAGUGUUAAACUCAACUAUAGACGAGGAACCUGAUAGACCUUUGCUUGGUAAGUGUAAUAGCCUGAGUAUUGAAGGCAGUUCGUAUAAAAAUAGAACGAGUCAAAUUAACGGAGAGAGACGAAAUUUUAGUCAGAGUAUUCCUUCAUUUAACGAUAGUUAUGAAUUUAAACAGGAAUCCGUCGGCAUGUCUUGGAUGAACACCCGCAGUUUAGCUAAUAUUGACGAGAACAGUAGAUAUGAAGAAGUAAAUUUUUGCAAUCUAGAUCGUGUGCCGAGACUGAACUCGAAAAGCUACGGCAGCAGUCUCGAUCAGCGUACUCGUGCCGAGCAACAACAAUUUUCUACAAGUCCGUAUUCUAGAAUAAGUCCAAAUAGUUACAGUAACGUUAUUGAUGGGGUGAACUACACUACGAUAGAACUUCCAGAGGGCUCAUUCAGCCUGGAUCCUGUCGGAAGAAAGUUGCCAGAGAGCUCUGGUGGCGGGCGACCUUCUCAACAUUUUUUUCGAAAACCUUUGCCUGAUUACGAGAACAUUUACUCUCAGCCAUUUGACGCUCACAUUUAUGAACACACUUACAGCAGCGUAGAUGGCGCCUUCCCGAGCGAAAGGUUCGGUGAUUCGUUCACUUCUACUUCUCUGAAGAAUAUUAAUGUCCAUAGAUCUUACGAGCGUCCAAUGGAUGAUGACAACCUGACCAAGUCCCAAAAUGUGAUCGUUAGUCGUUACACUCCUGCACCAAAUUUGAUAGGACCCAAUGUACAAUAUACUGACCCUCGGUACAAAUACUUGUCUGGCCCAUCAAAUCGGUUCAAUUUUUCCGUGCCUACUUUAGGAAUGACCUCCUUGAGCGCUGCGCGAGGUCUGGCUUACAGUUGUGGCCCUCCUCAAAGAAUGACGCAUGCAGCUGCGCACCAGCCAGCUCAUCAGCAGAACUACAUUCCUCAGAACACUGGUGGCUUAAAUAGCUAUUAUCCUAGCCAACCAUCAAGGCUCGUGUAUUCUCACGAUGUGAGGUCUCAAAACACUGCUUGCAUUCCCCCUGAGGCAGUGCAUGUGCGCGGGCCUCUUCAGUAUUCACAAAAACAAACUUUUUAUUCAAAAACAAAUCCUUUGCUGGCCGAGCCCUACGCAUUUCAUUCCAUAAAUAGUAGAACAACUCCUCUGCAAGAAGCUUAUCACAAAAGAGCUGCUGCAUUAGGAUCAGGUCGCAGUGUGAGUAACACGAGUCAGCCUCAACUGAGCCAAGACUCUGGGCAGCUACCGGCUUCCAUUUUAGUGAGAAAAGAUGGUGGUGGUGGUGUCACAUCAGAACUUUUUCACGACAGUUCUAGACAAUGGCGAGGUGAUGUCAAAUUCGCGCCUGAUCCUCUCCCCAGAAUGGGGGAACAGCAUUUCAGGAACAAUAGAAAUAGCAACAAGCAGGGUAGAAAAGUUACGUUGGUUUUGUAAAGUGGAUUUUAUUAUAGACCUAUUGAGUAGAGCAUAGUUAACCCUAAUUUAAGGAUUAUACUAUCUCAACGUCUCCUGAAAACACAUGUAUUCAUUAUGAUUAGAUAAGUUAAUCAGAGGUUGGUAGGUUUCUAUAUAUAUAUCAUAUAUAUCAACUAUAUGCAGGUUGAUAGGUAGGUACUAUUUUCGAUGUGCAGUGGCCGUGUUACAUGAUCUCAUGAAAGUAGUGCCUCUUUCGUGAGGUAUCGAACAGAGAUCUUUAAAUAAUAUUUUAUUAUAUGAUAGCCUGAGCUCAGCUUCAGAAGCACUCUUCAGAAUGGCGAUCUUCUGUGCAUUGAAACAUCAGUCUAUUUAUGCUGAAAGUAAGAUAAUAUCUCAACGUCUCCUGAAAAAAGGAGACUUUCCUGAAAUUCAUAAUCUUUUUAACAAUUGAAGAGCUCUAUGUGAUAGAAGAAUAUUCAAAGUGAGACAUGUUGAAUUCAUUCCAUUCGAUUAAUGUUAAACUGAAGAACAUAUCAAAUGGCGCGUGUUGGCAUGAAGGGAAAAUAGCAUUCAUUGUUCACUUCACUUUACAUUUUCUGACGCCCUUCGCCCAUUUUUCAUUCCUUUUCUAUGUGCCACUUCAUCAAUGGAUGGCUGAUGACUGCAUUUAUCAUGAUCUUUAUUACUUGUAUGUUUACAGGUGCCCUGCACCGCAUCGCGCAUAUCAAGUUAUUUAUACAACAUCGCCGUUUCAAUAGGCGAUGAAUACUUUAGUCGAAUUUUCAUAGUCCUGGAGUUCUUGUUAAUCACAUGCGGUCAAAAACAUAUUUCUUUAUGAUUUUCAAAACCUGAAAGUGCCAAGAAGUUUAUUCCAUUUUCAGAAAUUCAUAUUUCUAAAUAAUAUUCAUAUAUUGGUGCCUUUUGUCAACCGGGAAUGCAGGAGCAGUGCGCGAAAAAUAAUCACAAAUUAUAGUUAUAUUUUACGAAACCGUAAUUUCGGGUGAAAAUUUGAUGUUGGCUAUGCUUUUUGAAACUUGAAUAACGAUUGGCUAAAACAUUUAUUAAAACGUAUGGGUUUUAAUUUGAUUUCCCGGAAAAAAUUCAAUGUCAAUGAAAGACGCGCUGUACAACCUGGGAACUGUGCGUAUACUGUUAGAUACGACGACCUUGCUCACAAGACGUGCUUAAAUCAAUUCCUUCUUAAAAAACGCACUGUAUGAUGCCGGAGUCUUUUCUAUCUUUUAGGCAAAAAGAAAUGAAAACGUGAGUAAGGGCAAGUUUUUGUCUUGCAACUCUUCAUAGUUACUCAACUAUCAGUCAUGCUUGGCGUCAAAAGCUUCUCCUGCAUCUGCCUCAGUCCUGCGUAGGCACGAAACUUGCUCAGACUUUAAGGUAGAUAACUCCGCGGACCACAAAUUUUACCGUCUUUUCCAUCGUCAACGGACCUUAAAGGACGGAGAAACAAUAGACUUGUUUUUAAUCAUGAAUUAUUUUUUUGGCAAAUUAUUGUUGAAAAUUUUCAAAGUUCUUUUUCGUAAUUCACAUAUAAGAUUCUUUCAUUGCAGUAACAUUACAGGGGUCAAGUUUCUAGCACUUAAAUUCUUAAACAUUUGGUAAUACAAAUUUUGAAAAAGUUCUAUGCUUAUGUUUAAUUGGGUGAUUGACCAAGGCUGCACAUGAUAGUGUUGGGCCGGCUUGACGCGAGAUAGAAUUGUUACUCCGCUCUCUAGUCAGAUGAAUAUUUUUUACUAGAUACAGUGACGAUAUUUUUUCGUAAACAUUAGGCUUCGAAACUCUAGCAACUUAAAAUCAUAAGUGCAUUAAAUAAUCUACGUACAAAUGACUCUGAUAAUGAACUGUUCUUCGUUACUGUACUCAAUUACCACUCGUUCCUUGAUGUGACCGUCGCUGGUAAAUGAUCCUGUAACGCUUGGACAGUCGUUUGUUCGCAUUUGUAUCCUUUCUCAUUCGCUUCCUACAAGGUCCCAAAUUAUUCCUACUGAUUCAUUCCCCGACAUCGAGGCUCAAAGUUUUCCGUUUCAUUCGCGAUAUCAUCACGAUAUUUCCAACUAUCAUAUAGCAUUUCUGGUCUUUGGUAGACUGAAAUGUCUCAAAUGUUUUCUUAUGAAGAAUCGUCCCUUUCAUGUUAAUCCAGAAAAAUUAUUUAUGAUGUAUGUUUAGUCGUAUUUACCAGAUUUGUGUAUGUUAUUUAUAGAUAAGAAAACCCCUACUAGUUUUACUAUUAAUUUAGCUGUUGAGGAUUGAGGGCGAACAUGCAACAUGCCAGUGCAGAAUUUUUCCCUUUGGAAAUGCAAAUGUGUUUUUUAGACUUUAAGGCAAUUAUUGUGCUCACCUAACUAUUGUUCAACGUACAUCCGACAUCCUUCUUUAAAGCUAAAAUCACCGAUGGGAUCAAAAUGUCCAAUUAUCGCAUUACAAAAUUUUCUCAAAAUGAAAUAAAACCCGAUCUUAAUC